GCUUUCGUGGAAUCUGUAAUCGUCCUUAAAUAGGAUUUCUAUCUUCCUGCUCUUUGACAUCUAUCCACGAUCCACCUCUCAUCAGUUUCAUGGAGACGGAUUAAAAUGCUUCAAUUAUUUGUCUCCCUCCCGAUAUGGGUACUCAUCUCCAUCCCAGCGGCCAUAUACUUGCUAAGUAUCAUCUUCCUCGCAACCAUCGACCCUCUCCGCCAUAUUCCAGGCCCCUUUCUAGCACGCUUUACCCGAGCCUGGUACUGUUGGGAAAUAUACAAAGGUUCUUACCAAGUUACAAACCAACAGCUACACUCUCGCUAUGGUCCUAUCGUUCGCAUCGCGCCCCAUGAAUACUCAAUCGAUGAUGUUAAUGCUGCUAAAGUCAUCUACUCUACGUCUGGAGGCAGCUUCCCAAAAGCCCCAUGGUAUUUGGCAUGGGAGCCACCAGGAAAAAAUAUGGACUGGUUGUUCUCGGGGCGUAAUCCGCAUCGCCAUUCUGCACAACGACGCAAGGUCGCGAAUCACUAUAGUAUGAGUUCACUGGUUGGAUAUGAACCAUAUGUGAACAAUUCUACCGAGUUACUCUCACGACGAUUUGGCGAGUUGGCAAGUUCAGGAAAGAUUGUAGAUUUGCAACAUUGGUUACAGUGCUAUGCAUUUGAUGUUAUUGGAGAAAUUACAUUUGGACAACGCUUUGGCUUUUUGGAUAUGGGAGAGGAUAAAGAUGGUGUGUUUGCGGCUCUUGAUGAUGGACUAUCGUAUUCUACAUUUGUUGGUAUUUGGAGCUGGAUCCACGCAUUUCUUUUUCCUUUAAUGCCUGGUUCUGGAGGUUUUAGAUAUAUUGUCACAUUUACCGAGGACAGAAUUGCGGAAAAGAUCAAACUGUUGAAGAAUCCGAGAAACGGAGACAAGGAGAGAGAGGGCACAACAGAUUUUAUGACGAGGUUAUUGACGGCGUCUGAAAAGGAUCCGCAGAAGAUUUCCAGUGAUGAUUUGUUCACUACAUGUUCGUCGAAUAUUGGUGCUGGGAGUGAUACAACGGCUAUUACUCUUUCGGCUAUUCUAUAUCAUCUGCUGAAGCAUCCGGAGACUCUUCAAAGGCUGAGAGAAGAAAUUGCAACGGCAGCCAAAGAGGGAAGGGUUUCGGAUCCAAUCACUUUCAAAGAAGCCCAGGCAUUACCAUAUCUACAAGCUGUCCUUAAAGAAGGACUACGAGUCCAUCCUGCUGUGGGUCUGGGGUUACAACGUGUUGUGCCAGCCGAAGGUACUACCAUCGCGAAUCAAUUCAUACCAGGUGGUUCGACAGUUGGCAUUAAUGCAUACGUCGCCCAUCACAAUACGUCAGUAUGGGGCUUAGAUGCAGAUGCAUGGAGACCGGAAAGAUGGCUCGAAAUUGAAGAACAAGGUCGAGGAGGAGAAGUUGAAAAGUACUCCUUUGCUUUUGGCAUGGGAUCAAGAACAUGUAUUGGGAAGAAUAUUAGUUUGUUGGAGAUUAACAAGUUGAUACCGCAGCUGGUGAGAAGAUUUGAUUUUGAGUUGGAUGCGGAUGUGGAGAGGAAUGGGGGUUUAGUUUCAUUGAAUAGAUGGUUUGUUAAGCAGAAGAAUUUCAGAGGGAGGGUUUUGGAGAAGAGGGAUGGGAAGUUUUAAUAGGGAUUGAACUUUUUCAUGAAGUUUGUAAAGGUCUGGUAGUAUUUGUUUUGGGGUGGGGGCGGGAAAGAUUACUAUUUGCUAAUUAUGCCAAAUUAUUUUUCUAUGUAUAGUAACUAAAAUAUGAGUAAGAAGUUCUAAUAUUUCCUGAUAUC